AGCAGUUCAAGGUGUACUAAAGAUAAAAAAAAUCAAUCAUCCAAAGUUCAAAGUCUUAGUACAUAAUUGGUGAGGAGCUUGCCCUUUGGUUUACAAAAUCUUUAGAUUCUUAGCUUUCAACUGCGUUUUCAAAGAGCCCAUCAAUGGAUCUCUUCAUCAUCCUGGUGAUUUGUCUUUCUUGUCUGAUUCUUCUUUCUCUGUGGAACCGAAGCUAUGCCAAAGGGAAGCUUCCACCUGGCCCAACUCCUCUCCCCAUUUUUGGAAAUAUUCUACAGUUAAAUACUAAGAACAUCAGCAAAUCCAUAAGCAUGCUAUCAAAAGAUUAUGGCCCUGUGCUCACUGUUUAUUUUGGCAUGAAGCCCACCGUGGUGUUGCAUGGAUACCAAGCAAUUAAGGAAGCACUGAUUGAUCAGGGAGAAGUAUUUUCUGGCCGAGGGAGUUUUCCAGUGGCAGAAAAAAUUACCCAAGGAUUCGGAGUUGUUUUGAGCAAUGGAGAAAGAUGGAAGCAAAUCCGGCGUUUCUCUCUCAUGGUUUUGAGGAAUAUGGGGAUGGGGAAGAAAACAAUUGAAGACCGAAUUCAAGAGGAAGCCUUGUGUCUGGUGGAAGCAUUAAAGAAAACCAAUGCAUCUCCCUGUGAUCCCACUUUUCUUCUGGGUUGUGUACCCUGUAAUGUCAUCAGCUCCAUCAUUUUCCAGAAUCGUUUUGAUUACAGGGAUCAGAAAUUUCUAACCUUGAUGAAGUAUUUUAAUGAAAACUUUGAAACUGUGAGCACCCCCUGGAUACAGCUCUACAAUGCUUUCCCCUUUUUACGGGUUCUCCCAGGAAGUCAUAAUGUGAUAUUUAAAAAUUAUGCUCUCCAAAGAAGUUUUAUUUUGGAGAAAGUAAAAGAACAUCAGGAAUCUCUGGACAUCAAUAACCCUCGAGACUUUAUUGACUAUUUUCUGAUUCGAAUGGAAAAGGAAAAACACAAUAAAGAGUCUGAAUUUACCAUGGACAACUUGGUUGCUACUAUAUGGGAUAUGUUUAGUGCAGGAACAGAGACAACAAGCACCACAAUGAGAUACGGACUCUUGCUCCUGCUGAAGCACCCUGAGAUCUCAGCUAAAGUGCGGGAAGAAAUUGAUCAUGUGGUCGGCAAAAACCGAAGUGUGUGCAUGCAAGACAGAAGCCGGAUGCCCUACACGGAUGCCGUGGUGCAUGAGAUCCAGAGAUAUAUUGACCUCAUCCCCACCAGUGUGCCCCGUGCAGUGACUCAAGACAUUCGGUUUAGAGAAUACCUUAUUCCAAAGGGCACAACAAUCUUAACAGAUCUGACUUCUGUCCUGUACGAUGACAAGGAAUUUCCCAAUCCAGAGAAGUUUGACCCUGGCCACUUCCUGGACGAAAGUGGCAACUUUAAAAAGAGUGACUAUUUCAUGGCUUUUUCAGCAGGAAAAAGAAUUUGUGCUGGAGAAGGCCUGGCCCGCAUGGAGCUGUUUUUAAUCCUGACCACCAUUUUGCAGAAUUUUACCUUGAAACCUCUGGUUGAUCCAAAGGAUAUUGACACUACCCCAGUUCACAAAGGCUUUGGCACUAUACCACCCUUUUAUGAGCUUUGUUUCAUCCCAGUCUGAUGAAGUGUCUAGCUGCUAGAUUGCAGAGCAAGGCCGUUCAGUCCCAUGUGAAAAAUGCAGAUGUUUCCUUGCCUGUGUGUCAACCAUUAUCUCCUCCUAUCUUAAUAGGAGGAAUGCCAUCUCUGAGCCCUAUCUCUUUUGAUUGUAUCCAUCCUUCAAAAUCCAUUCCAAUUUUCCCUGUAUGAAAGAAAAUUUAUUGUUUCAUUUUCAAUAAAAUUAUGUUUGUAACACAAUCUUAAGAUCAUAUGCUACAUUUUAUCUGUAGUCAUAUGAAAUGGAAAGCACCCGAUAAAUGCCAUAUUUUGCUUUGCUACCAAAUGAGAAAUCAGAAAUUAUUGCGUGAGAUUUUAAAAAAAUGUUGAAAGUAUUAAAACAUGAGCUUUAUUAAUCUCACACUCCUAUCUACCUGUCUAGGCAAAUGAUCUCUUGACAGAUUAGCUUGUAUACUUUCUUUUUUCCCCCAGUGGCUAUUAAAAU